UCAGUAUUACGGCAGACAGCUUGGCGUCCUGCAGAUUAUAUUGUGAGGGUUUCUAGUUCCUUUUUUCGUUUUGCUCAUUCAUUCUCUUUAUUCACUUAUGCUUAUUUAUCUUACUGAAUUUUUACUGCUAAUUUUUAUUUCAUUCAUUUAUAAUUAGUAUCUUCCAAAUUAUACACUAUUAUUUAUAAUUUAAUUAAAUGCUGCUUUUUUUUUUUUAAUUUUAAACUAUUUCGAACGCUUAUACUAAGACUCGUUGACAUUUCACAAGAAGUGCGGGCUUCUUAUGAACUGAUACUUAGUAUUAUAUUUAAUCUCAUGAGAAUAUCAAGUUGUAUAUCCGACCCGGAAACUCAAAUUAAUUGGUAGCGAUGAUAAAGUUAUCAAUUGAGCCGUAAGACAUGAAUAAUACCAACAUUUAUUAGUUUUAUAUCAAUUCAAAUGUGUUAAUUUAACAUUAAUAUGAUUGACACUACUAUGUGUUAUGUGUAAUGUUUUCAUCAGAUAUACAAAAACUAUUUAUUUCGGAAUUAUUAACGGUAUUAAACAACCAGAAUUCCGUAUUAUUUAUUCUAUAUUAACAUCAAUAUGGUAAAGUUCAAUACAAGACUUUGAGCUGUAACAAAGCAAAACGAAUCAUGGCAUCAAAGGGUGUUGCAAUAUCACUUGUAAAACAAAAUGGGAAAGAAAUUGAGUAUACUUCAGGAAUACACAUAUUGAAAAAUUGGGUCCUUACGCAUGGAAUUUUAUUGAAGCCUAAAAUAGAAAAAGAUAAAAAAUUUUCAGAUUUUAUUUCUACAUUACCACCUGGUGAAAUAGUUAAUCUAUCAGGUAGAGAAGAUCAUUUAAAAGUUCAAGUGAAAUUAUGUCGAAAAAUUUCGAAAUCAUCCACACAAAACACAGAAGUAAAAAGUUUAAACGGUGUUGUUGUCAGCUUAUGGAGUUGCCCUUCACUGAUUGACUCUUUGACAAAAUUAUAUUCUUCAACUGACUUGAGUGAAACUUUUGACAGGCUGAAUAGAAUACUUUUACCGAUAAUUUUAGUAAUAUAUCUUAAUAAAAAAGAUGAAAACGUGAAUAUUGUGAAUGAAUGUAGCGUUGAAAAUAUUCAUAAAAUGUUGGAUUAUUUUUGUGACAGUCAAUUAUCCCAACAAAUUCCUGAAAAAGGUGAUGACGUAGAAAUAGAAUCUACGCCAUUCGGGAAUACAGUGUUCAUUAAUUCCAUCUCAAAAGGAAUAGUGAGUAAUGUAUUAGGGAUAGAUAAAUGCGUCAUGUUGACGGAUAUACAUGCAAUUCCAGGAUGUGAAGGAGGGCUUGUAUACUCUACAAACGGUAAAGAUGGAAGCAGAGUAAUAUAUGGAAUGGUGAUUGCUCCGUUGAGUUUGUGCCGAAGCGAAUGGGUCAAUUAUACUUUUGUCGCAUGUCUUCUACCUUGUUUGAAAAGAUUACUCAGGAAACAGGAAGAUAAAAAGACCUUGAAGAUAAACCAGGAAAAUUUUAACAUCAUUGACUCCCUAAAUAAGUGUGUAGUCUUAAUAUAUUGUGGUUCUGAAUGGGGUAGUGGUAUACUUUUGGAUAGAGGUACUGGUACCAUUUUAACAUGCUCUCAUGUGAUUGAUAAGGCACCAAAUCGAAGGAUUAAAGUUGGCUUUAGUCGCAAGAAUCUAAGCUCUCAAUCUAUGAAAAUUCAGUGGGCUGAAUUAAUUUAUCGUACUCCCAAAGGUGUACCUUACGAUAUUGCUAUCUUGAAAGUUGACCCAAAAGAGAUAAGCAGUGCGAUAAAACCUCUAAAGAUUGGAAAUAGUUUAGUUUUAAGAGGAGAAAGUGUCAUUAGCGCGGGGUAUCCAUUUUUAUGUUCAAAUUUACCGACCAUUACACGUGGUAAUAUUUCAAACGUAUCGUCAUGUAUGCUUCAAACUACUUGUUAUGUUCAAAGUGGUAAUAGUGGUGGACCCAUUAUUAGACCUACUACGGGAGAAUUACUUGGUAUUACUGUUUGUAAUGUUAUUACUUCUACAACUCGAUAUCCUAGACUCAACAUGGGUGUCCCUGCAACUGUUCUUAUUGAUCCGAUUAAUGAGUACAUCAAAACUAAUCGUGUCCAGGCUCUUGACAUUUUGAUGAGUUACGAUGAAAAUGUCGUACGUACAUGGAACUGUCUUUUACCUUCAAAGAUAUAAUUUAAUUUCUGUUUUAACUCUGAUUCAUUGAUUAAUUAAUAAAAAAAUAAACUAACAAGAGAAU